UACUCUGUGGUGCAAGGUGCAAGCGAAGAAAAGUUUUUGUUAUUUUUUUGUCAAGUGAUUAUGAAUAAAUUGUGAAUUAAAUUAUGUCAGAACCAAGGCACCUACUUCGUACGUUGUCGAGUUAAUUAAUCAUAAAUCAUGACAAAGUUGAGAGAUUUAAUGAAAUUAUUAUUAAUGCACAAAACAGUGUGAUCAAGUGUAACCCGAUCAAAGAUAAUGCCGACACAAUGAAGGUUUUAUCGCUGAUAUUAAUGAUUACAACCAUUUUCGGUGUCCCUAAGAUCUUGGCGCAAACCGAUAACUGCACUAAUGUUAAUAACCGUGGUGAUUACAAACUAUGUGUCCGAAGCAUAGCAGAUUCAUUGGCCAAUAAAUUUAAUGAAACAGUAGUCAACGAAUUGGGCAGCGAGUUCACAACACAUUUUGAGAUACGCAGUGUACAUAAAGACGGCCGCUACCAAACUUCUGACAGUGAUACUUUAACCAGUAUAUCCGACAAAUUGAGAUAUAAGCUAUCUUCAGCCAAAAUUAUUUUAAGUGAAAUGAUAAAUGAAAUUAAACGCAAUAGUACUCCGUCCUUUACACAUCCUUGCCCAUUCAAUUCGAUACGUAAGUCUGUAUUUAUUAAGAGUUCCAAUGUGUAUGACAGUCUGUUAGUAGACCCUAAAUCUAAUAUGAUUAGUCGUUUCAAAGACCUGAAAGUGAAGAGACAGUAUUUUCUUUCACAUGUUGACUAUGCAACAGACAGAAACUGUGCAGCUAUGCCACAUUCAAAUUUAAGAUAUUUGUAUCAUAAGGUAAUACAUCCAGAUCCAAAACUUGUGGUAUUCAUUAUUGACAACAAUGUUAAUGUUGACUCAUUACAACAUGCAAAGAGUGUUGUCAAAGAAACAGCAUAUGCAUUACAAAAUAAAGAUAUGAUAGCAUUAAAGACUACAAAUGCAACUGACUUUGUCAAGUUUGUAGAUAUAUGCAAUGGUGAAGUAAGUUUAGGAAAUGCUACAGACAACAACAAACUCUCCCUGCGGGAAUACUUAUCGGCCUUGGAUGUUGCUCCCGGAAAUGUUUCACCUUUGCUAAUAAACCAAGAGUUAAAAAGUAUACUUGCUGAAAAAUAUUUACCAAGAAACAAAUUGUUUAUCCUCUUGACAGACGCAAAAAUUUUAAAAAAUGACACAUGGCUGAGACUAUUCCCUUACACAGAACAAGAUCAGCACAUGAAGUUUGCUAUUGGGCUCAUACAUGAAAAUCAGGAUGAUAAAAAUAGUUCUCUAGGUAUACUACAUAUUGAUAAGUGGCAUAAUCAUUCUAACAACCACUCAGUAAUGAGACUUCAUAUUAAUGACAGUGAAGUUGUGGGACAAGUUGCGUCAGCAUUUAUCUCAUUGCUCUCAGGAAACUAUCAAAACAGUGAAAUGACAGUUGAAGACCCGGUUUGGGAAGCUACGGAAAGAGAUUUUAUGGUUUCGCUGGUUCUCCCCAUGUCUGCUGGUGUACUUGGAUUGGACCUUUAUUGGUCAGACCUUGCUGAAGAUAUAGUUUAUUUUAAGGGAAUCAACAAAAACAAACGCGCUUUUGUAAUGGAUUUUUCCGGAAUGGUAAUCAUGCAUACUUUCUACCCUAGGCCAGAAUCAACAUCAGAAAAGAUUAAAUUUACAUAUCUUGAGAAUAUAGAAGCAUAUGAUUUUAUACAUAAACUUAAGAGUGAGAUGUUAUCUAACAACUCUGGUGUUCUGACUAUGAUGGAACAAAAUUCAACCAAACCCUUAAUUUAUUCCUGGAAACGGGUAGAAAAUUUAUAUAUUGUAUGUAUAGUAAAUGAAGUAGUUGAACAGAAUAUUUUUAACAAAACUAAUAUAUUUUUUACAAGAAGUAGUAAGGAGAUAUUGUUCCAUAGACUUGACCUGUUUCCUCCUAAGACAGGCAAAAUAUGUAGACAUUUUAAACAAAUUGCUACUAUUGAUCAGGGCACUGUUUACCUAAGCCCUUCCAGUUUUCAAUCUCCUUUUACAUAUCUGUAUGAUAUGGGUGAUGGUUCAGAGGCAAUAACAUACAUGCAGAAUUAUUUAGCAUAUUUGAAAAGUUUGGCAUAUGGUCUCCUCUCUAAUCCUGGUUUAAAAAAUGAAAUUCAGCAAGAUGUUAAUUUUCUUAAUUCUAUAUUAUCAUUUUAUAAAAGACAGCACUUACAUGGCAUCUACUCUAAGUAUGUUGUUAGAAGAUAUGCAGUUACUGAAAGUGGUGUGCUUGUGAUGUUCCCAGGAACAGUGCUUGAAUAUGACUAUGAGCCAGUCAGAAGGCCAUGGUACACAUAUGCUUUAGAAAACCCUGGAAAAAUAAUAUUAACUCCUCCUAACUUAGAUGUAGGUGGAGCAGGGUAUGUGGUGAGCAUCUCCUAUGCAGUAAGAGGGCCUUUUUACCCUACAAUGGUGGUGUCGAUGGAUGUAACCAUGGGCUUCCUUUAUAAGCUACUUAUUGAUAGUCUCCCACUUUGUGCCAUGUCUUACAUUAAAUGCUUUAUUAUGAAUAACAGGGGUUACUUAGUUUCACAUCCAGGUCUGAUGGAUCCCAACAGUUCUGGACCAAUAGAACAACAGCAUAUUACUCAUAAGGAGUCUAUGAUUGCAAAUGACAUGUUAAAUCACAAAGGCUUUGUUACUAAGCAAUUGUGUAACAACAUUUAUGAUAAGACAAUACAAAGGUAUUAUGAGUUCAAUACAUCUUUGCCUAAUGUGCUGUCUAAUGUUGUUUCAGGUGAUCAUUGUGUUCACUAUUAUAUUGCUGCUAUUCCUGGUACUAAUGCAUUUGUUGGUCUUGUAAAUGUUUCCUGCAGUGUAGGAGCAUUUUGUCCAUGCAGUAUGAGUGAUCGUCUUUGCUUUAAUUGUAACCGAAUGGAGCAGACUGAUUGUGAAUGUCCUUGUGAAUGCAGUUCUGAGUUAUAUGAGUGUCCAAACUCAAAUUCAACUAAAUCAAAUCAGGAUAAUAUCCCAUUAUGUGGCAUGAUGCCUGAAAACAACAAUCAUAAAUCACAUUAUUUCCACAACUUUGCAGAAAAUCUUAAAUCUUGUUUCGACUUUCAAUGUGAAAGUUAUGUGACUCAUUCCUCCUGCUUGGGCGUCUUAGGCUGCGAGUGGUGCCAAAUUGAUACGGAUGCUCGAACUCCUCUUUCUUCACCAUUUUGUACUUCCCAAUCUACUUGUUUUAACGGCGUACUCGGCGCCGUCACUCCAUAUGGCGAAGGGACCUUUGGGCAGGUUAAUAGGGAUGCUCUAGUAGGCUAUUCAGCAAUAGGUCCAAUAGCAGGGUGUAUAGUUACUGUUAGUUUAGUAAUAGCAGUUGCUAUAUAUUGCUACAGACAAAAUGUGACAACAGCUAGUUGCCAUAAUUUAUAUGUGGAUGGUCCAGCAGAAACUUGGCACGAUGCUGAAGUUCAGAUGAGCCACAUGCAAUCAGAUGACAUGCAUGACCAGUCAGGGCAAGACAAGUUGCUCCCUGCUAUGGAAAUUGAAGCUCCCAUUUCCCCCUAUAGAAUAGUGACAGGUUAUAGACGCGCGCACACAGCAGGGGGUUCUGACCAUGGCUAUUCCACUAUGACACCCCAUGAAGAUUCUGAAGCUACAGGUUUCUCUGUAAAUGAUCCCACAAUUUUAUCCGAUGACACUAAGUCUGAUGUUAGUUGCCCACUUCCAGCUAAAAUAAAACCAAGGUUAAAACCCAUAGAUUUAAGUGUUACAGUGUUGCCAUGUGGUAAAAAUAGCAUAAUAGCGCCAGUAACUGUUCACAGGCACAUGGAAGCAUCGUAAAAUAAAAUAUUUUGUAUGGAUGCGCACAUCUACCUCC